UGUCCCAGCGGCUCCUGCAGGUGGCUCCCAGCGGCACGGCUCGGCCCGCACACCGGCCCUGGUGCCCCGGCUCCCCAGGCGCACCCGCUCCCCCGGGCGCACCGCCUGUCCCAGUUCCUCAGUUAUCCCAGUUCCCCAGCGCACACCAGAUCCCCAGUGCGCACCAGUUCCCCGUGGCCCCAGCUCCCCGGCGCGCACCUGUGGCUGCAGCCCCGCGGCUCCCCCGGUUCCCCCGUGCACACCGCCUGUCCCAGUUCCUCAGCUGUCCCGUCUCCCCAGCGCACACUAGGUCUCCAGCGUACACCAGCAGCCCCCGUUUCCCGUGGCCCCUGUUCCCGGUGCACAGGGGCUGUCCCCGUUCCCCACGGCCGCUGUUCCCGGUGCACACCGACUGUUCCCUGUUCCCGGUCCACACGGGCUGUCCCGGUGCACACCGGCUGUCCCCGGGCCCCGGGCCCAGCGCACGCCCCAGCCCCGCCGGGCAGGUGGACGCGCAUGCGCAUUGCGGCGGCGCUGUCCGUUCAGCACCACGCGGAGCCGGGACCCGCCGGACCCGCCGCUGCCGGUGCAGCUCUCAGGGUCAGCAUUGCCCUGAGAAACAAUGAACAGCUCUUGGAUCUUGCAGCCUGAAAACCGGUUUCCUGACUCACCACCACAGCAAGUGCGGUGGGGUGCUUAUUCUGACAACCCUCUUUAGCUCUUGAGUUCAGUGCAGCCCUGAUUUUGCCGUCUCAACAGUUAGAGGAGUGCAAGCAAGGUUGUUUGCAGAUGCAGAAAGAGCAUCAGAGACUCUUACUGUAUUGUAGAGGUGUGUGCUGAGACACAGCUUUACACCAUCAGGAUGUCCAGUGAAUCCAGAAACUUAGGACUACAAUGGGCUGCCUGAGGAUGCAUCGCCUCUCAACUCAGACAUCUCAGGGGUACCGGGAACCUGCCUUGCUGUGUCUGUGCCACCCUGCUGGGCUCCAGACCUGACACCUCUGUACCCUCUUCCAGCAGGAUGGCCCAAGUGGGGGGACCUGUCCGCUUCCACCCCGAGGAGGGCUGUGCUGUCUCACCCCCGCCAUUUGCCCACAGGGUGAGCCGGCGGCCCUGGCUGGCGGGGGGGAGCCUCAAGGCUGGGCGGCACAGCCCCCCGCCCUGCCUCACCCCCAACCUCAACGCCGGCCGCCUCCAGCUGCUGCGCAAGGGCCUGGCACCUGAUACCCGCCGCUGCCCCCUUGGCCUGUACGGCAGCACCGGCUCCUUGGCCCGCAGGCCAGCUGAGGCGGCACCCUUUGGCAAUGGGAGCUGCCCGGGCACAGGGCGACUGACUGCUCCUUGCACCCCACGGCGGGGCCGGCCUGGCCCAGCCAUCGCCUCCCUGGGCAGACGCAGCCCACCAGUGGCGGAAACCCCAGAGGGACACAGCUCUGUUGUUACCUUCCGCUUCAUUGAGAAGGCCAGUGUGCGGACCCUGGGGAGCCCGACAACGCCCCAUGUCCGCUGGGAGAAUGGCCCCUACAGCCUCAGCCGCAGCCUGGAGCUCACUGGGGACAUGGGAUCCCCCCAACCCCAGACCUUGCCCCAGGAGCGGCUCCUGCACACACUGAAGUUGGAGGCUUCCGCAUCUGACCCGCUCCUGGCCGGGGACAGGACCCCAGGGGGGACACGUCCCUGUGGGAAGGAGUUCUGUGCCAUCAACACCAGCUGCCUCUGCCGAUCCCUCACCAAUGGGCUGCCAGAGGAGUUCCCUACAUUCUCCAGAAGCCCCCUGAAGCCAGAGCCCCAUUCCCAAGGCAACGCUUGGCUGUACCCCCGGCAGAGCUCGGCCCAUGCCCAGCGCAUUGCCAAGGCCAAGUGGGAAUUCUUCUAUGGCUCCUCAGAUGCCUCAAAGACAGGCUCUUCUGCCCCUGACUCCACGCCCUUGGCUGAGUCCCCCCACAAGUCUGUCUCCCCACUGCCUGCUAAGCCACCAGUGUCAGUACCUGAGCACAGCCUGAGCCACGUGGAAGUGGAGAUAGAAGUGUCUCCUCUGGGCAGCCAGAAGCCUGGCUCCUGUGAGACUGGGAUUAUAAGGAGGACAGUGAAGUACUCCGAGACAGACUUGGACACUGUUCCACUGAGGUGCUAUCGUGAAACCAACAUCGAUGAUAUCCUGGCCGAGAAGGAAGAAGUGGAUUCAGCAAUUGAGAGCCAGAAGGACAGUGAGAGCAACCCAAGCUUUGGGGGCACUCCAGGCAGAAGGAACAGCACACCAGAGGAGCCCCCCACCCCAGGCACUGGCUGCUUGAAGGAUGGGCUGCGGGACAGGGACAUGGAUGAGGACAAUGAGGUGUUUGCAGCAAUGAAGAAGGAGAAUAGAGAAAGGAUCAUGGAUCAAGACACACAGGGUAUGCUCAAGUCUCCAGUGCCCUUCCUACUAGGGCACAGCCUCUCCAAGGAUGGCAUGGACUCUUUCAGCAAGCAUUUUGAGACCAUUAUGGAGUCCCAUCGAGCCAAAGGCACAUCUUACACCAGCCUGGACUCCAUUGACAUCCUUUCCUCCCCGGCCCGCACCCAUGGGACCUUUUUCACUUUUGACCUCCCAACUCUCACCCCAGAAAUACAGGGACAAAUCCGAGACAGCGCCAAGCUGAUUGAGGAGAACUUUGCUCCUCUGGCUCAUUUGGAGCCAGACUCUGGGACCAGUUCAGCCACGGAUGCCCCCUGGACAGAGAGGGAGGAGGAGCGGGGGAGAAGACGGAAGGGUGCUCGGCACAGCCCUUGCCACUCAGUGGACAGCUUUGGUACUCCCUUGGCCUCCAACACAAGUGACCACCCCCAGAGCCAGCUGGUUUCAGACUCGGAGUCGGAGAUGGACAGCGUGGAGCAUCUGGUCCUGGGCAGCACGGACACCCUUUCCAAUGGGCACAAGGCUGACCUGGAGGCCGCCAAACGCCUGGCCAAGAGGCUCUACAACCUGGAUGGCUUUAAAAAAGCAGAUGUGGCUCGCCACUUGGGGAAGAAGUACGUCAAUGAGUUCAGCAGGAUGGUGGCAGGGGAAUAUCUGAAGUUCUUCGUGUUCACGGGGAUGAGCCUGGACCAGGCUCUCAGGUCCUUUCUAAAAGAGCUGGCCUUGAUGGGAGAGACGCAAGAGCGAGAGCGAGUGCUGGCUCAUUUUUCGCAGCGCUAUUAUGAGUGUAAUCCCAAUGCCAUCCCUUCAGAAGAUGGAGCCCACACCCUCACCUGUGCCCUGAUGCUGUUAAACACAGAUCUGCAUGGACAUAAUAUUGGGAAGAGAAUGUCCUGCUCUGACUUCAUUGGCAACUUGGAGGGACUCAAUGGAGGCACUGACUUCCCCAAGGAUUUGCUCAAGCCUAGAAGCCCAGAGCACGUCACAGAUGUUAAUGAAUUAAGCCUGACAAUGCAGUCGAGUCCUCGGGGGAGGAAGGUAGGAUGGGCCCCCACCUUCCAGCUUGGAGGCACAACAGCAGGGCUCAGACGCUCAGAGUGCUGGGCACUGUACGGCUCCAUCAAGAACGAGAAGCUGCAGUGGGCCAUAGAUGAGGAGGAGCUGAGAAAGUCCCUCUCGGAACUGGCAGACCCCAACCCAAAAUCCAUCAAGCGCAUCAGCAGCUGCAGUAACCCCUUUCUGGACUUCUCCCAGGACUCCAGCAUUGCCACCUACAAGCACGGGCUGUUAGUCCGCAAGAUCCAUGCUGAUCCUGACUGCAAGAAAACACCCCGAGGGAAGCGAGGCUGGAAGCCCUUCCAUGCCAUCCUGAAGGGGAUGAUUCUCUACCUGCAGAAGGAGGAGUAUAAGCCAGGGAAGGCGCUGGCAGAAGAGGAGCUGAAGAAUGCUAUUAGCAUCCACCAUUCGCUUGCCACGCGGGCGUCUGACUACAGCAAGCGACCCAAUGUCUUCUACCUCAGGACAGCUGACUGGAGAGUCUUCCUCUUCCAAGCACAGAACCCGGAACAGAUGCACUCGUGGAUCACACGCAUCAAUGUGGUGGCAGCCAUGUUCUCUGCGCCCCCUUUCCCCGCAGCCAUCGGCUCCCAGAAGAAGUUCAGCCGCCCGCUGCUGCCCAGCUCGUGCACCAGGCUGUCCCAGGAGGAGCAGGUGAAGAACCACGAGACCAAGUUCAAGACAAUGUCAGCAGAGCUGCUGGAGCAUCGCUCCUCACUGCCUGAGAAGAAGGUGAAGGGCAAGGAGUAUGAGGAGCUAAAGCAGAAGGAAGAGUACCUGGAGUUCGAGAAAUCCCGCUAUGGCACCUACGCCAUGCUGCUGCGGGCCAAGCUGAAGGCUGGCUCCGAGGACCUGGCAGCAUUUGAGUCCACCCUGUUUGACACAGCGGGUGGGGAGGAUGAUGGCCUGAAAAAGUCCCGCUCCAGCCCCUCGCUCAACGCAGAGCCCUCCAGCACGGCCACCAAGGUGAAGCGCAAUAUCUCAGAGCGCACUGGCCGCCCCAGCCACCCCCAGAAGUCCUAAGGGAGGGGCAUCAGCCGCCUGCGCUGCAGCUCCAUUCCUGCCCCCCCAGCAGGGGGGUGGAGGCCGUGUGCCCGCCGAGACCCUGCAUGUGUCCGUCUGUUUGCGGCACAAGCUAGAGGGGGUGACAGCCCUUCUGCAGCCGCCAGCACCAGCCAUGCAGGGCCACGGCCCAUCCACCGGAGAUGAUGGCAGAGCAGGACAGUCCCUGGUCCUUGCCUGCAGGAGCUGCCCGCACCAUCGGCCCCAUCAGACUUGUUCCUGCCCCUCCUUGUCCUGCAUUUGGCUGCAGGACCUACUCUUCUGCCCCGGGAAAGGGGAACAACUGAAACCCUCCUACUGGCCUCAAUUCUUCAAUGG